AUGACUGAACAACUCAUCCACCGAGGUACCUUGGAGGGCCACUCCGGCUGGGUCACCAGUCUCGCGACCAGCUUGGAAAACCCGAACAUGCUCCUUUCUGCUUCACGAGACAAGACCUUGAUCAUCUGGAACCUCACCAGAGACGAGACUGCCUACGGCUACCCAAAGCGAUCGCUGCACGGUCACUCACAUAUCGUUUCCGACUGCGUAAUAUCUUCCGAUGGUGCAUACGCUCUCUCUUCAUCGUGGGACAAGACUCUGCGAUUGUGGGAGCUGUCAACGGGCAAUACAACACGAACUUUCGUGGGACAUACAAAUGACGUUCUGUCGGUUUCUUUCUCUGCAGAUAACAGACAGAUUGUUUCGGGAUCUCGAGAUCGAACCAUCAAGCUGUGGAAUACUCUAGGUGACUGCAAGUUCACUAUCACUGACAAAGGCCACACCGAGUGGGUGUCUUGUGUGCGAUUCUCUCCAAAUCCUCAAAACCCGAUCAUUGUCAGCUGUGGCUGGGACAAGCUUGUCAAGGUUUGGGAGCUUGCCUCUUGCCGCAUUCAAACCGAUCACAUCGGCCACACUGGCUACAUCAAUACAGUCACAAUCUCUCCCGAUGGUUCCCUGUGCGCAUCAGGUGGCAAGGACGGCACCACCAUGCUUUGGGAUCUCAACGAGUCGAAACACCUAUACUCCCUCCAGGCUGGUGACGAGAUCCACGCCCUUGUCUUCUCGCCAAACAGAUACUGGCUGUGCGCAGCCACCUCUACUGAAAUUGCCAUCUUCGAUCUCGAGAAGAAGACCAAGGUCGACGCCCUCAACCCAGAUUUCAACGAGUCGAAGAAGGCUCAAAAGCCUAUGUGUGUAUCUCUUGCCUGGUCUGCUGAUGGUCAAACUCUUUUCUCUGGUUACACUGACAACAAGAUCCGAGCUUGGGGUGUUAUGUCGAGAGCAUAA